UGCUUAUCCAUGAAUGGCUUGCCAUCGGAAGGAUGAAUGCACAGUCAUAUCAAUCAGUCAUUGUCGGUGCUAAACCAGCACGCGUCGACCGUCGGAAAAUGCGUCUCGCGCUAUAGCACCAACACAGCGCCACUAUGCGCGAUUUGGUUCUUCGUGAGCCAAGGCAAUCUGCGAUCAAACGACAAUGGCUUCAUCGUCGUUUCAGAUCAACGGAGAUAGACUGAACAGCACGCUUCAAAGCACUUGCACGCAAUGGGGAGCGCUGUCGACCGGUACAGGCAUGUGCCGUCUCACGCUCACUCAAGAGGAUAAACAAGUUCGCGACUGGCUUGUCACAGAAUGCAAAAGUUUGGGAUGUGAGGUCAAGGUCGAUCAGAUGGGCAAUAUUUUUGCAAUACGGCCUGGGACAGCGGAGGACAGAAGUCCAAUCGCUAUGGGUAGCCAUUUGGAUACACAGCCAGCUGGUGGAAGAUAUGACGGUAUUCUCGGUGUCCAAGCAGCACUUGAAGUCCUUCGUACGCUCCGCGACAAUAACGUUGAAACGUACUGCCCGAUUGCGCUGGUCGACUGGACAAAUGAGGAGGGAGCUCGAUUUCCUGGUGCUAUGAUGGCUUCUGGAGUCUGGAGCACCAAAAGCAGUACAUCGCUGGAUGCAUGUUGGGAUGUAAAAGAUAAGGAAGGUAUACGCAUGAAGGACGCUCUAGAUCACAUUGGCUACCUGGGGAAUACGCCAUGCGACUACCGAGCGAACGGCUUCGAAUGCCAUUUCGAGCUGCAUAUCGAGCAAGGUCCCAUCCUCGAGAAAGAACGUAAAAGUGUUGGUAUAGUUACUUCAGUACAAGGGAUGAAGUGGUUCGCCGUUCGCGUCAACGGUGUUGAGGGUCACUCGGGAACGACGCUAAUGCCAGGUCGUUCAGACGCUCUGGUAACUUCAUCACGUCUCAUCACGGCUGUUCGUGACACUGCUCUGAAGACUAAGCUAGGUGUCGCUACUGUGGGCAUGAUCAACAGCGAUACGUCAAGUCAAGCCACUAUCCCGGCAGGUGUGAAUUUCAUUAUUGAUGUUCGUUGCUCAACUGAUGAAAUGGUUGAUCAGCUGGUUAUUGCUAUGUUUAAAGCAUUCGACGACAUCGUAGUGGAAGAGAACAACGGCACGUCAUACAAGAUCGAGCGUUCUUGGGGCCUGCCAGAGAGCGAAUUUCAUUCGCACUGUAUCGACGCUGUGCGCACUUCAGCAGUCAGCCAAGUGGGCGAGGAACAGAUUAUGCAGAUGAAAAGUCGAGCUGGUCACGAUAGUGCAUGGACAAGCCGCGUAUGUCCGACGAGCAUGAUCUUCGUACCGAGUAAAGAAGGGGUCAGUCAUAACCCGAACGAGUACACGAGCCCGGAGCACUGCGUGUUGGGAGCGCAGAUCUUGCUUGGUGCAGUGCUGAUUUAUGAUGACAAAGUAAAACAUGGGAAGCAUUAGGCCAUUUGCGUCCUUUAACCAUGAUUUUUGUUGUCUUUCAAUGUAUGGUAUAAGCGUCGCAGUAUCUAUGGUGUGCUAGACUUGUCUUGCGUCCCCCAUCCGUUAUCUUAUCAUCGGCAUCUACACCACAGCCCUUGAACCCCCAUCUUCGGUCGCUUCCUCCUGCGCAUCCCAGCAGCCGUCAUGGGGCCAUCUGCUUCCUUCGUUCUCCCAUUGGUCAAUAUAUCUCAAUUGGCUCUGGCGAGCCGUUAUCGCCGGCACGCUUAACCCAUCCUGCGUCCAUGAAUGGCGUACCCAUGGUGCGAUGGACAACUUGAAGCUUGUGAAGAUGGCCCGGCAUAAGGUCGCAGAGCCUCUUGGUAUUCCAAAGCUUAGUGACCAAGAACAGAACAAGAUGAGCAAUUCAGAGCUCGGAGUUGAACAGGUUGAUGUCCUCAUUGUUGGUGGAGGACCUGUAGGU